AAGCGGAGACGUCUGGGAGCAAGAGGAACACAGAGCUGGGAGCGCAGGGGCUGCUGGGUGAUUAGACGCGCAGGGGCUGCUGGGAAGCAGGCGCUCUGGCCUUUUGUUCCUUUCUUGUGUGUGCGUGUGGCACCCUCCAACCUGCACUCAUGUCGUCCUGCGGAGAGAUAUGGGUGAGGAAAACGAAAGCUGCAUGGAGCCGGCCCUGUCCAUGGGAAUAGACCUGCGCACCCGCGUGCUACAGUUUGUGGAGGACCGGCUGCAGACCACCAUGUGGACCGGAAUUCUGAUCGGGGCCCUGGUCGCCGUCUCCAUCAUUGGGGUGAUCAUUUUCAUCCUGUACAAGAAGUUCACACAAUCCAAGCAGCCGCAUUCAGAUGUGCCGCGUUAUCGCUUCCGGAAGAGGGACAAAAUGAUGUUUUAUGGGCGCAAGAUCAUGAGGAAGGUGACCACUCUACCGAACACUCUCGUGGGAAACGCAGUCUCCAGGCCGAGAACCAGGAAGAAACCUAGAGUGCUGUCUCUGGCUAAAAGGAUACUCCGCUUUAAGAAGGAAUACCCCACCCUGCAGAAAAAGGAGCCGCCCCCUUCCCUGUUGGAAGCUGAUCUUACAGAGUUUGAUGUGAAAAACUCCAAUUUACCUUCGGAAGUUCUGUACAUGCUAAAGAAUGUCAGGGUGCUGGGUCACUUUGAGAAGCCCCUGUUCUUGGAGCUGUGCAAGCACAUGGUCUUCGUUCAGCUGCACGAGGGGGAGUACAUCUUCCGGCCCGGCCAAUUGGAUAACAGCAUCUACGUGGUGCAAGAUGGCAUGUUGGAAGUGUGCAUCCUUGAGAGUGACGGCACCGACGUGGUGGUGAAGGAGGUUUUGGCCGGGGACAGUGUGCACAGCCUGCUUAGCAUCCUCGAUGUCAUAACUGGACACACGGCCCCAUACAAAACGGUUUCAGCCAGAGCCGCCACAGCCUCCACCAUCCUGCGCCUCCCGGCCAAUGCCUUCCAGGACGUCUUUGCCAAAUACCCCGAGACCCUUGUGAGGGUGGUGCAGAUCAUCAUGGUGCGACUUCAGAGAGUGACCUUCUUAGCUCUGCACAACUACCUGGGUCUGACUACAGAGCUCUUCAACUCGGAGAGCCAGGCCAUUCCGCUGUUGUCUGUGGCCAGUGUGACGGGGGCAGCCGGGGGCAAUAAGGGAGUGAGGAGGCAGGUGUCCAGCAUGUCGGCCGAGGAGGAGCAGGGAGAGAAGAGUAUAGAGCAACAGCCGGAGUCUGACCAAGGGUCCCUAGACCCCAGCAAAUUCUCCUCAGUUGAUGGAAGUGGCCACAAGCGGAGCCGUUCCUCCUCCAGCAUUGCCGAAAUCCCAGGCAGUCCCAAGGCAACUAAAUCCGAUAUGGACAUGGCUUAUGAGCGAGCGCGAGUGAGCAUAACCCCUGAUGACAUGCCGCCGAGCCCCAUCUUGAACAAGCCCAUCCUGAAGAAGUCUGUGACUGUCACAGAGACGCCGUCAGCCGUGUACCACUACAAAGAAGAAGAUCUUGUCAUACCCGAAUUUAGCGUCAACAGGCACCUGAACGCCAUGUUUGAGGCAGCCAAAAAAGAUCUGUCAACCAUCAUCAAACUUCAGGACCCCACUCUGCUGAAUGGAAGGGUGACUCUGCAUCAGGUCAAGGGUGGAACCAUUUUAUCCAGACAGGGGGAUCAGGACGUCAACAUUCGAUUUGUGAUAUCGGGGCUCCUCCACGUUUACCAGCGGAAAAUUGACCGGGAGGAGGAGACCUGCCUCUUCAUCACGCACCCUGGGGAGUUGGUGGGGCAGCUCGCCGUUUUAACGGGAGAACCGCUCAUCUUCACCAUCAAAGUCAAUCGCGACUGCACCUUCCUCUCCAUCUCCAAGUGCCACUUCUAUGAGAUCAUGAGGGAGCAGCCCAGUGUGGUACUCGGAGUGGCGCACACUGUAGUCAAGAGAAUGUCCCCGUUCGUCAGGCAAAUCGACUUCGCAUUGGAUUGGAUGGAAGUGGAGGCCGGCCGGGCUGUUUACAGGCAGGGGGACAAAUCUGACUGUACCUACAUUGUACUGAACGGGCGCCUUCGCUCAGUCAUCAGGAAGGAUGAUGGGAAAAAGCAGCUGACGGGUGAAUACGGGCGAGGAGACCUCAUCGGGGUGGUAGAAGCCCUGACUCACCAGCCAAGAGCCACAACUGUGCAUGCCGUGCGAGAUUCUGAGCUUGCCAAGUUACCUGAGGGGGCCCUGACCUCCAUCAAACGCAAGUUUCCGCAGGUGGUGACCCGGCUCAUCCAUUUACUCGGGGAGAAGAUCCUUGGCAGCCUGCAGCAGGUGAACGGCCCUCUUACAGGGCAUGGCCUGGGUCUCCAUACAACCGGCAGCAAAUGGGAUUCCAGCAACCCUGCCAGUAACCUCUCCACCGUCGCCAUCUUGCCGGUGUCUGAAGAAGUUCCUCUGACGGCCUUCGCCCUGGAGCUGAAGCAUGCACUGGGCGCUGUGGGCCUCACCUUGCUGCUCACCAGCGACAAUAUCAAGCAGCGCCUGGGCUCCGCCGCUCUGGACAGUGUCCAUGAGUACAGACUGUCCAGCUGGUUGGGGCAACAAGAGGACAUUCACCGAAUUGUUCUGUAUCAGUCGGACUAUUGUCUGACGCCAUGGACUCAGCGCUGUAUCCGACAAGCCGACUGCAUCAUCAUAGUGGGACUAGGCGAGCAGGAACCUACAGUCGGAGAGCUGGAGAAGAUGUUGGAGAACACGGCCGUCCGGGCCCAGAAACAACUUGUCCUGCUCCAUAAGGAAGAUGGGCCCCCGCCGUCCCGCACGGUUGAGUGGCUGAACAUGAGGAGCUGGUGCUCUGGUCACCUACAUCUAAGUUGCCCCCACCGGGUCUUCUCCAAGAGGAGCCUACCCAAACUGAUCGAGAUGUACGAAAGGGUUUCCCAGAAGCCUCCGGACCGUCACUGUGAUUUCUCCCGACUCGCCCGCCUGCUGACUGGCAAUGCCACCGCCUUAAUCUUGGGAGGAGGAGGAGCCAGGGGCUGCUCUCAGGUUGGAAUCAUCAAGGCGCUCAUCGAGUCCGGCAUCCCCAUCGACAUGGUGGGGGGCACCUCUAUAGGAGCUUUCAUGGGGGCCCUGUACGCCGAGGAGCGCAGCUUUAACCGCAUGAAGAUCAGGGCACGGGAGUGGUGUAUGGACAUGACUUCUGUAUGGAAGAAAGUUCUGGAUCUGACUUAUCCGACCACCUCCAUGUUUUCCGGUGCAGCCUUCAACAAGAGCAUCAGCAGCAUCUUCAAAGACAAACAGAUAGAGGAUCUCUGGAUCCCGUAUUUUAACAUCACCACCGACAUUACAGCUUCUGCCAUGCGGAUUCACACAGACGGCUGUCUCUGGAGAUACGUGCGUGCCAGUAUGUCUCUUUCUGGGUAUAUGCCGCCUCUCUGUGACCCCAAGGAUGGGCACCUCCUAAUGGACGGUGGAUACAUAAACAACCUGCCAGCGGACGUGGCACGGUCAAUGGGCGCUAAAGUGGUCCUGGCAAUUGACGUGGGCAGCCGAGACGAAACGGACCUCACGAACUACGGUGAUGCCCUGUCUGGCUGGUGGCUACUGUGGAAGCGCUGGAACCCACUGGCAGAUAGAGUCAAGGUCCUGAACAUGGCGGAGAUCCAGACCCGUCUCGCCUACGUCUGCUGCGUCCGCCAGCUGGAAAUGGUGAAGAACAACGACUACUGCGAGUAUAUCCGACCCCCCAUCGACCGAUACGGAACCCUGGAGUUCGGCAAGUUCGACGAGAUCUGUGAUGUGGGGUACCAGCAUGGCAAGACUGUGUUCAACGUCUGGGGGCGCAGCGGGGUCAUUGACAAGAUGCUGAAGGACCGGCAGGAGACCUGCAAAACCAAAACGUCCGAUAUAAACACCUGCCCCAACGCCUCUUUCACUGACCUGGCAGAAAUCGUAUCCCGCAUUGAGCCCGUGAAGACGGCGGUCGUGGAUGAUGAGUCAGAUUAUCAGACAGAAUAUGAAGACGAAGAGAUCCCCGACUCCCAGAAAGAGGAUUAUCUCAACUUCCUGAGCACCCAGAACAAUGGCGAUGUCUCCGAUAGCGAUGAAGAGGGGGAAAUGGAGGUGAGGCAGCGCCCUGCAGUGAAAUGGCGCCAGGACAGAACCCAGGAGAAGAGCUGAACCAGCCAUGUCAGGAGACCAAGAGAUGGUUCUCCGCCUGUCCCGUGCAUUAGAAUCUCCUGCAUCCAAGGUUCUUCUGCUUUGUGUGGUUCUAGAUAUAGAUCAUCUGGUUUGUGGCCAGGCCACAUAAAGACGCAAUAAAGCCUGUAGCACGCAAGGGCGCGUGACGGACACGAGAAUAUUUGUUCUGUUCCCAGGGAGCCAAAAAUCUAUUUGAGCCUUAAAAGCAUAAUUUGCAUUUCAUCGCUUAGAGUAACAGGCUAUAGCUAUAUACAGGAGAUACUUGGUCCAGCACUGGAUCAUAUACCAUUAUCAUAAAGUAGUUUCUAUCACUGGGUCAUACUAUUAUCAUAGAGUAACAUCCAGCACCAGCACUGGGUCCUACCAUUGUUACAGCGUACCAUCCAUCAGUGGAUUAUCCCAUUAUUAUAGUAUAGCAUCCAAUGCUGGAUCAUACCAUUAUUAUAAAGUAGCAUAUAGCACUGCAUCAUACCAUUAUGAUAGAAUAGCAUCCAGCACUGGGUCAUACCAUCCAUCAGUGGAUCAUCCCAUUAUUAUAGCAAGGCAUCCAGCACUGGAUCAUAUCAUUGUUAUAGAGAACAUCCAUCAAUGGAUCAUCCCGUUAUUAUAUAUUAUUAUAGAGUAGCAACUAGCACUGGAUCAUACCAAUGUUAUAAAAUGGAUCCAGCACUGGAUCAUACUAUUAUUAUUAUUACUGGGCCAUACCAUUAAUAUAGAGUAGCAAAUCAGGUUAUGAACGCUGCAGUAUAACGAUAAUUAUUAUCCAGUAAUUAAUGUUCUCCCUACUCCCUGCACCUUGCACUGUAGAAUGGUGGGCCACAGUCAUUGAGAACAGCACGUUAUCCUUCCCAAUGGGCUCCUUACUCCCAGCUACCUUACCACUUAAAGUGCCAGUACAAGAAACUCCCGAGAAGCUGCUCUCCUGUUCCCCUUCCCGGUCACCACUUGAUUGCCAAAGUAACAUUGAAUAGGUUUUUGUAUUUAAGUUUUUAUUGAAAAUUCAUUUCCAGGUGGAAAAAGAUUUUUGUUGUUUUGUGACAUGGAAGUCCGUGGUCCAAGCCGAACUCCCAGCAGCCUGGCAUGGGGGGGGGGUGUCUGUGUGACUAUUCACUGGUGGUAUUCUGUACAUAUGAAUAACAGUAGCCAAGUGUCCCACAGGGAGGAGAACGGACCAGACUUAGAGUUUUAAUCCAGCAAGGUUGCCCAUCGCACAGAGAGAAGCCGCCAUAUUGAAUGUGGCAACAACACCCAACAACAAAGUUGUAAACAGUGAUAUUUAAACUUCAACUCCCCUGUAGUUGGUAUAAAGCUGAAGGAUCCCAGGUUGACAAUCAUCCCCCUCCCAUAAGCCUCUGUGCCAUCAUCAGUUAACUCCACCCAGUCAGCACCAACCAAUUGGGUUAGGGAUUUCUCUCUCAUUGCAGCCAGGGUUUCUGUUACUCUGGGUUUCACUGUAAUAUUCUGUUUCUUGCUGCCUAUCGCUAAUGCCCACAGUACUAUACCCCGACCUUACUGCAUUGCUGGCUGUAGAGUGCCAAAGGGGCAGCUGACUGUGUGGGGCAUCUUGCCUUGAGAUAACAGGGUGCAUUUAGUGGCGACUGCACAUGUACUAACCGGUUUUCUACAAUAAAAGGUGUUUGACACCAA